UUUUCCAGGUAGAACAGCUUGGUUUAAAAGGUUUAAAAAUUUCCCAGCUAGCUGAUUAUGCAACAUUCAGACAGUUCAUUUUCUAUCAAUCAGCCUUCCUUCUUCACCACUUCAGAGAACUGCCCUCCCUUUGCUCACCUUCAGUUGUAAGUUAGGGCGUGACUAGGCAGUAGCCAAGUGCAGCAGUAAUAUGCUCCCAGCAUUUUGCUUCCAGCUAAGAGAAAAAAAAGUUAUAUUCUGCAGUAGGCUGAAAUUGCUACCAAGAUCUACAGCCACGUAAAGACAGUUUUGGAGAGUCCUACACAUUUACAAAAACAAUGCUGAGGUGGACCAACUGCAAGAAUUUUAUUAAAUUUGGAGGUUUUAUCCUUGCAUCAGUCUGCGCCUGGUAUUUGGGGACAAUAUUGGCAUAUCUCAUACCUCAAGCAUCAACAUUUGACCAGUUGCUUCCAGAAAAGCCAAAAAUUUCUAUGCCAGCCCCCAAAAGACAGAAAUGUGACCACUGGUCUCCGUGUUCGCCUGGAAAUUAUGCUUAUCGCAUGCUCAGUGGAGGUGGGAAGGAGAGAUUUCCCAAAAUCUGUUUUGAAGAUAAAUUACUCAUAAGUGAACAAUAUGGAAAUGCUGGGAGAGGAAUAAAUAUUGCAAUUGUAGACUAUAAGACUGGAAAAGUUGCUGCUACAAAUUAUUUUGACAUGUGGGAAGGAGAAUUCUCUGGACCAAUGACAGAUUUUAUUAGCGAAGCUCCACAGAAAUCUCUAAUCUUUAUGGUGACCCAUGAUGAUGGAAGUACAAAGUUAAAACAGGACAGUAAAAAAGCAAUAGCAGAAUUGGGAAGUGAAGAAAUAUGGAACUUGAAGUUUAGGUCAGGCUGGGUGUUUUUAGCUGCAAAAGGUUUUAAAUUACCAAAAAAUAUACAAAAGGAAAAGAUAAUUCAUUCUGACAAUAGUAAGAAUCGAUACAAUGGAUGGCCAGCUGAAAUCCAGAUUGAAGGCUGUAUUCCAAGAAACCUAACAAGCUGAAUUCUAAUAUUUGCAAAAUAGCACACUGCACAUUUAUUUAUAUGGCACUAUUUGCUCCAAAAAGCUGGCUGUCUAAAGCUGCGGACAAAAAAAAUAUUCUGGAUAAAAUCUAUUUGAAACACUGGAUUCAAUUGCAGAGUUGAUUUUUAUCAUGAAGAGUAAAUAAUUAGAGACACGUCCCCUUCCCCCACAUCUGCUCCGUCUUCUCCUUUCAGGAUAUUGGGUUGCAACACCUAUCAUUUCCAGCCACCACAAAAGAGCUGGAAUUUUUUAAAAUUAUGAUCUCAGUCAUCUGACACACCAAGCUUGGAAAAGGUGAAAAAGAAAAGUAUUUUCCUAUUGAUGUUUUAUGUUGUCACUUAGAAAAGCAAUGUAUUGAAAGCAAAGUAAUGCCCCACCAAUGUGUAUUUGUAAAAUUGCUCUCUCUGUGUGUGUAUAUGCCAGAAAGCUCACUAGAGCUAAAAGUGGCCCACCCAUGCACCCAGAAUCAGUACCUGUGGUUUAUGAGAUAGUACAAAAGUAUGCCCAGGUAAUUUGCCCUGUCCCAAAUACUAGAUCUCUACCAUGAAACAAGAUGAGGGCUAGUACUUUCCUGACAGCUUUCCGGUGGUGCAAAGAAAUAUGAUGGAUUUUCUAAUGGUGGGGAAAAUAUUCACCAACUGCUGCCCCAACAUAAUCAGAUUUUGGGGGGGGGGGGCGUUUUAAACAGAUCAUUAGAACUCUGGGUUUAGCAUCUGUCAGAACCUGAUCUGCAGGGUAAAUGGAGGCUUUUUUUGUUUUUCCUGAUUUACCCCCAAAUCAUUACUAGGUGAUGAUUGAUCAUUGACGAGAUGAUGAAGCAUUCCAUCCCAUCCAACAAACUACCUUUCUCUUUCUUGGUUUCUUGCUAAAACUCUUUGCUCUCCUGGUUUUCUUCCAGGAAAAGGAAAAGAAAGUGUGACUUUUGCUCACUUAUCUCUCUCCCUGUCUUGUUCUUUCUGUUUGGAUUCCUCUGUUUCUCUCAUAUUCUGUCUCUCUGGAGCUCUGUCAAAAGCAACACAUCCAUCUGUGGGAGGAACUCAAAGGCAGGCAAAUAGUGCAAGUAGUGUUGUGCUAUUGCAAUGCAAGUUCUGGCCUUUUGAUGUGCACUGUGAGAUUGCAUGCACUUAUCGAAUAUGUAGAGUUUAUAUUGCAAUAGUGCAACACUGCUUUUGUCAUUUGAUGGUAAAACUGUGUGAAUGCCCUCUGGGUCUCAUUUACAUUUUAUCAUUUGCUCUAUUGCUUUGCCUCACUCUCUCUUUUGCUCAUUUGCUCUUUUACUUGUUCUCUUUCUCACUAUCUUGGUUACUCUAUCUAAAAACAGCUGCUAGCUGGCCCUCUGAUAAAUAGUGACAGGCAGACUCCCCCCACUUUUUUUUAGCUUGACUUCCCUGCUGCUCCCUAACCUUAAUGCAGUAAAAAUGGUAGCCCUGGCCACUUUGAAAAAUAUUAGACUUGCAUUAUUCCAAAUGCAUGUAAAUAGCAUUUUUAAAGGAAUAAAUAUUUAAAUUAAUUUAAAUAAUUUGCCAAGGGAAUUCCCACUUACUCUUUUGAAAAUUUCAGAGGCAGUUACCAGGACAGAAAAGUAUGGAUUGGUAUACUGCAACAAUAGGCAGCUAAGAGGAGCUGGACAGAUUCCAGCCCUGACUGUGUCAAUAUCAUAGUUGUUGCCAAAGCACCCCAAGUCAUGGUAGCAAGGAUUGGGUAGGGAGAAGAUGGAAAACAUCACAUCAUUUCAAAUGAAUGUGCAAUGAGGAAACCUCUGUGAUGAAGUAGGAAUGAGACACAGCUGAAUCAUAAGGUAUAACA